CAUGACCGCUGGGUGGCGCUGCAGCACCGGCGCUGCUCCCCGUGAUGAGCUCGGCUCCUCUCAGCCCCCGGACGCCUCAAACCCAUUCCUGUAACGGCACGACGCCGCAGCCGAAGCCCGACCGAACCCCGCGAGUGGACGGAGGAGCGCGCGCGCCCAGCACCCCGCGCGGAUCCAGAGAGCAUGCGCGGCUGCCCGGCCGACGCUGCGCUCCGCUGGAUGGGAAGUUGGGAGUCAGAGGCAGAGGACCAGCAACUUUUCUAGACUUUCAAGUCCACACGCAGCACUUUCAGACUGAUUUGACGCGGGGAUUGAGCGCGAGGGGAGCUUUCAUGUCACACCUGGGCGCCGGUAAAGGUGAGAAGAUGCAGGCGCUCCUCUGAAGAUCCGCGUCCUGCUGUUGAUUUGGGAGGAUGGAGCAGAAAUGAAGGGGGACACUUCCAGGGAUUAAGUGAUAGAACAACGACAGGAUGCGGGAACGAGACCUCCAGAGCGUGUGCAGAAGGGUGCUUCUGCUGACCGCCUGUAUACUGUCUCUCUGGGGACAACUGGCCAGUGCAUCAUCACACCGAAGCCACAUAGUUCAUGUGAAAGCAGGAACCUGUGAGGUUAUCGCUGCACACCGAUGCUGCAACAAGAACAAGAUCGAAGAGCGAUCCCAGACCGUCAAGUGCUCCUGCUUCCCUGGACAGGUGGCGGGAACGACGAGAGCGGCCCCAUCUUGUGUAGAUGCGUCGAUAGUCGCUCAGAAGUGGUGGUGUCAGAUGCAUCCCUGCAUGGAUGGAGAGGAGUGUAAAGUGCUGCCGGAUCUCAAAGGAUGGAGCUGCAGUACAGGAAACAAAGUCAAGACAACCAAGGUCACCCGAUAGUCGUGUGUUUCAAGGACAGCCUUUUGUGGACCAGAAUGGAGUAUCUUGGGCCGACACAGUGGGAUACUGGGAUAUGGUGUGAUUUUUGUGAUUGGUGGAAACAAGGGACCAACCAGGACAGUAAUCACAGACAUUCCAGUGAACAACAGGAGGAGCAGCACCACCAGGGAGCUUCAUUGGAAACUACAUAACCAAACAGAUUCCUAGCUUUUACAUUUAUUUUCAACAGUAGCUGUGUCUAAGCUCUUCUGGCCGUCAGAUUUCUUAUUGUAAUAUAGUUCUAUUCCUGUGGACAAGAAGACUCAAUCAUGAAGUUAUUUAUUGACUUAAAGAUCCUGGAUUACCCUGAGGGGGCAUAAAAAAAUCACUCAUAAAGCAGAACUAUGUGAUGUGAAACUUUUGUGUCAUUCUUUUUGCCCAUAUGCUCUUGGACUCCUGAUGCAGAACUGUGUGGAAGAUCUUGUGAGGUCAUCAGCAUUUUUAUUCACUUCAGUCUUAUGGCGCAGAUUUUCUUUUUUAUUUAUUUUGCUUUUUCGUUGGUUUGAUACAUUCUGCGGCUCCUUUUCUUUCUAUCUUUAAGAGGACAACUCCUUUUUAAACACAACAGACGAUGCCACUAAGAUAAAAUGCAAAGAUGUGAUCAUAUCUGACCACAGGUUAUUGGGGACUUCUGUUUGAAUUGUAUUGUUUUGUUUCUUACACCUGGAAACAAUAAUUCAUUGCAAAUGUCAGUAUUAUCUUAAUAAACCUAACUCAGUGAAUAUUGCUGUUAAGUAAAAUGUGGGGUUUCUCUUUGAAUGUGUGUUCCUGAGUUGGUCAGUGUGUGAUCUAGUCACAGCAAAACAGGUAUAAAACAUACAAAUCCAGUUAUUCAGGUCCUGUCAUCACAGGAUUCUGAUUAUUUGGUCAACUGGACUUAAGAGGUUGAUCAAGAAGAUGUUGAGCUUCUUAUUCAAGUACCUUCUUCAAGUCCAACUGCUGAUGGGGAUUACUUUAUUUGAGGGGGGGCCUGGCUGCAGACAAGAUGCCGCCCAGAGAUCAAUUGCUGGAAGAAGAAAUUCCACAAGAUUUCAGAAUUGUACCUUUUAUUACAUCUUUUCUAUGUUAGUAAAUGGUUUAGUGUUCAAAAUGAGCUUAAAAUUGGCAAAAACAUGGGUUAUCGUUUCAUUCCUUUCAAAAUUAUUGUGAACAAAAGUGUUGAGAUUUGUAAAACUGUAACACUUUUACACCGUAGCUUUAUCUCCAGUGUUUUCAUUGCUUUGACUACUGUAACUUUUCAACCCAAUUAAUGUAAAUGAGAUUUUUCUGUUGUAGAGAAAAGCAGCUUUGCAGCAGUAUGAUAUUCUUUAUAUCAGUAAUGUGUUGGAUUCUAGCUAAAAACUGCUUUAGAGUGUGCAUACUCUCGAUAAACACAUAUUAUUUCACUGGACAAAACAAGGUCUUGACGUCACCCAUAGAAACUGCCUGACCUCCGUCCCUCGCAUAACGAGGCCAAAGCCCGUCACCGUGGUUUCCUGUUCGUCUGCUGCCAUUUCGUGACCCAUCGACAGUGAUUGGUCCGUGUCGGUCUGAGUCACGUUUUUAAAGGAACUACUGAUGCCAAUAAUGAGUGAGUUUGUUGGAGGUCCACACCCCUUCCACUGAACACAGACUCGGGAGAAUCAAACAUUUGAGGCGGGGUCAGCGGGCACCACAUGCUUUUACUGAGGCAUCUGAUUGGUCUGUUUAUAACUUGAAUAACUUGCAAUAAAGAACAAAUAUCUUCAAAAAAUAGGAUUAGAAAGAAGAUGUUAAGAAGAAAGUAUCAGAGCAAGAAUAAUUAAUAAAUCACUGAGAAAUUAACUUGUAGAAGUCCAUGGGAUUUUGACCUUCUUGGAAGGUACUUCCUAUUAGCUGAUUUACUUUGAUGGUAUAAGAAGUUCUGGUAUGUCAAAGGGAUAGUAGGUAUUGACAGAGACAUCUACAGUGUGAAAGAUAUAAAAAUUAAAAUUUGGGGGAAAAAACUUUUUUGGUUGCCAGUAAAAUUAGUCUUUUUCAACCACAAUGCAUUUUCUAAGAACUGUAGGGAGCAUGAACUUCCAGUUCCGGCUAACAAUGCCUUGGAGCUAUCUUGUCUGCAGCCAGAUUCUCAUUUUAGAGAAGCCGCAAAAAGUUAAAUAACUAAAUGUCUUGUGUACAGAUACAAAAGUGCUUAUCAGAAUGGUUGGUUAAUGUCUUAUUACUUGAUGCGACUCUGAGGUGAUGCCACUCAGUGGUUUAUUGGUCGCAUGUGGCGCCUGCGGCACGCUAGGGUCUCAUUCACAGCUGCAGCACACGAACAACAAUCCCGAACAACUGUCAGUGUAUCCUGAGUUCCUUAUCAGCAGUUUGAACUGAAGUAGUAACUGAGAUGAGCAGAUAGACGACUUUUAGAUAUAUCUUUAAAGUUCCCUUAGAAGCAUAAUCCUUGAAAAAAUAAAGGAGCUGAUUUUAAUUGUUUUAUUUUGAUUGAACUAAAAAAAAAGUAUGCAUUUUAUUUCAUUAUUUUUCCAUUUAAAAAAAUUACCACUUUACAAGAAUUUGAAGUCUGCUUUUAGAACCUGUUUUUGCCUUUUCUAGAUUUCAUUUAAAGAAGGAAACCCUCUUCUUCUGGAUAAAUAUGCUGUGAGAGAAACAAGAAAAUGGAAAAAUGAAAGAGUAAAACUUAACUUGUGACCUUGCCAACUAUACAACUCAGAGGAAUCCAAGGACAACCAACAUUUCUAUCCACUCUGAUAUGUGUAAUAAAGUCAUUAUCAUUACCAGAA